GCGCCUCUCCCCGCCCGUCACAGGAGGAGCGGCCGCCUGUUGUGAGGAUCAGCCCCGGGAUAUCCAGGACACCUUACCAUGGCUUCACAGGGGAAUGGCUUCGGACUUCUCGUCGGGCUUCUGCUCGCUGCUCACAUAUGGAGAGCAGCAUUGGCCAAUUUGGAGGUGAACAUGGAGGACAGAGUGGAGGUGUUCAGAGGAGAAAUGGCCUCAAUCACCUGCAUGUUCAAAUCCUCUGAUGGCAUCGGGGGAGUGAGAAUACAAUGGUCUUAUAUGACACGGACUGGCGCUAAGGAGAGAAUCUACUACCAGGACACCACCAUGAAGUUCGUGGACAAGGGCACACCCUUCACGGGCCGAAUAAGCGUGAAUGGCACAGCAGCCACAGGAGAGCUCGUACUCACCAUCCAGGAUGUACGUAUUGAGGACGAACUGGACUUCAUCUGUACUAUCAUGGGACUAACAGAUGGGAGUUCUGAGGGAAGAACACAACUGCGGGUGUUUGCGGCACCAGAGUUACCCUUGAUUGAAGGAGUUCAUACAGGGAUCUCAGUUAAUAGCAACAUCCCAUCAAAGAUUGGGAGCUGUGAGGCAAAGAAUGGUUUUCCCAGACCCAACAUCACUUGGUACAGAAACACCACACCACUUUAUAACAUUAUUGAUGAGGUGACUGUCCAGUCCUUAAUCACCCAGGAGUCCAGUGGUCUCUUCUCAGUGAAAAGUGAACUGAGUAUGAAGGUGGUGGAGGAAGACAAAGAUUCUGUGUUUUACUGUGAAGUCAACUACUUUGUUCCUGGAGGAACUUUGAUGACAGAAACCAGUCGUAUCAAUAUCUCUGUAUACUACCCCACCACUGCUCUUAAUGUCUGGGUGGAGUCACCGAAGGGCGAUAUCAAGGAAGGGGACACAGUGGAGCUUCAAUGCCGUGGCAAUGGAAAUCCUGAGCCAACCUUCACUUUCCAACACAAAGAUACUGCCAUAGAGUCAGAUUCCAAUGUGCUUCUACUGAAGAAUGUGACCCGUUCAAACAGUGGAACCUACUACUGUACUGCCUUUGACCUGGAAACCUAUGAAGAAGUCACUGGAAAUACUACUGUGUUUGUCAACUAUCUGGAUUCUGCCGUGGUUUCUCCUAGAGAUAUUGUAAUAUCUCAGGGAGAGGAGGUGAAAGCCACCUGCAACGCGCUUUCCUCUCUUGAGAUGCACACCGUCUGGUUCAAGAACAAAAAAGAGGUUGCCAAGGGUCACAUUUUGACACUGGGGGAUGCUGUGUUGGACACUGCGGGGACAUAUGUUUGUGUGGUCACCAUUCCUAAAAUCAAGGGGAUGAAGACCAGUGCCACGCUUCGUGUUCUUGUCAAAAGCCCACCACAGAUCAGUAAGCCAGGGAAUUUGGUGUUUGAGGAAAGCAUUGAGACGACAGUCAACCUGAGCUGCCACGCUAGAGGCAUCCCCGCUCCCAACAUCACCUGGACCUCCUCCGACUCACAGAUCCUUAAGACAGUGUCUCAGAAAAUGACUGAGGAUGGCACCCACAGUGUGGUUAGUGUCAAGGUAACCUCUGACAUCACAGCAUUUUGCAACGCCUCCAAUGACUACGGCGUCGACGUUGUCACCUUCAGCAUCAAAGCUAUUCCACAUACCACCAUGUCAACCACCACCACUACCACCACCACCACCAUCACCACUGCCACCACAGUCAAGGCAGGAGCUGUUAUCCCACCGGAGAAGGUCAAAAAAGAGGGCAGCGGUGUUAUCAUUGCCGUCGUCAUCAUCUGUAUCCUGCUGCUGGCCAUCUUGGGCAGCGUGCUGUACUUUCUCUAUAAGAAGGGGAAAAUCUGCGGCCGCUCCGGCAAGCAGGACCUCACGAAGGAAAAGUCCAACAAGGAGAACAUAGUGGUGGAAAUGAAGAGUGACAACACGGAGGACGCUGUGCUCCUUGGGGUCAAUGGCGACAAGAAAGCCCCCAACGAACAGUAAAUACAUGGUGAUGAGUAUCUGGAGGUGCAGAAAUGAGGCUGCUGCACGAGGUGACUGCAGACAGACAGACCAGCUGUUCCCGUUCCUCUCUCCUGGUCUCUCCUCUCUGUCUCUCUCAGGCCGAGAUCUACCAACGCCACCUAGGUUACCGUCGGAGGCUCUUAUGUCGGAGUUAUGUCAUGGCAGCGCUCGAUUUUCUACCGCUAAUCUCAUGAUCGUUGGUAAUAAAGACUCGGCUCCCAUCUGCAGCGUUUGUCUGCUUCGAUUCGCUGAGAGUGGUUUUGUUUUUGGCUAUACAACUUGAGUUGGGCAGGCAAAAUGUGAGACGCGGUGUGAGACGCUGCAUGACAUAACUGACAGCAUAUAGGCCGCCACGAGGACAGCCCUUGUUCUGACGUUCUGAUAAACUGUAUUCUGCUGAUCACGCUUUGUACAAUAGAGCACAAAUAUGACCAGGGACUGUUUCUAUACCCAACCAUCCGCCGGCUCAGGCACGCUAUCACUGAAGAGCAGCCUGAAAACAACUCUUUAUCAAGUGUAUGUAGUAUACUAUGUGUAUAUAUUUCUUAAUUUAAAAUAAUCUCAUCCAAAAAAGUCAACUAAAAAUACAUGGCCAAAGAGUGUCUUUUUCUUUUGUGUGUGUGUGUGUGUGUGUGUGUGUGUGUGUGUGUGUGUGUGUGUGUGUGUGUGUGUGCUCUUUUCGGAGAGAGAGAGGUGUUAAGCCGUCCAUAGCCCUUCUGCCUUUAAUCUUUUUUCUCUCUAUCAAACACUUCUGUUUUUGUUUUUUUCAAGUCUGUACACUGAAUAUUGCGAGGCUGGGGCGAUGCCUCUCCUCUAGCACAGAUUCCAACUUUGUCCUGCACCAAAUAUUAUUCACUCACGUUGUAGGCUUUUUGCUUUGAAAACUGACUCAUGGAUCAUUCAGUUACAUAUCAUUUCACGUUUGUUGUAAUUUUUUUUUUUUUAAUCUGCAUUAGAGGUUUUAUUUAAACACUCCGGGUAAUGUCUAUAUAACACCCGGCCCUGCGUUUGUCUGAAGGAAGAUGUUUCGUGGCUAGUCUUCUGUCUCAGAUGGGUGAAUUAUCUAUCUAAAAAUCGGCAUUUCCUCGUCGUAGAAGGGCAGCAUUUAUUGUCGUCGUAUCUUUGCCUUUAAUUUUUUUUUUUUUUUUGUUCUCUUGCCCACAGAGUUGGUACAUUUUGGAGCGCAUGGAGUUAAAGUAUUGCCAAUAGUCUCUUGCUAUAAAGCGACAUUGUAUGACUUGUAAAUUCCCCUUUCUUGCAUCUGGGAGGCUUACAUCGCAGGAAAACGUCAGCUUUCACAACUUUAGUCAUGAAAAAUUGUACCAAUCAAUGUCCAUUGCACUGAUCUCUCUCUUUUUGUUGUUGUUAGUUAUCCUUUAUGCAGUUGUGUUGCUGCUUUUUUUUGUCUUUGUGAAACAAACCGUUGUUUUGACUUGGAUGAAGGUGUGUAAUGUGACUAUGUUUAAUUAUACUGCCAUAGCUUGUUUUGUUUUUGUUUUCUUUUGUAAGGGGACAGAAGUAACACCAAACGGUGGUGUCAAAUAGCCUUUGUUAUACAGAGGGAGAUGACUUUGUUUAGCUAAUUAAUUUCAAACAAUGCCUCAUUAUGUAGUCGUGGUAGACUACCCCUUGGAAAGUGUUAGACACGAAGACAAGUUGAUAUUCAGUGUUCACAAGCUAAAACGACAAAGAAAUACACACUGGCUUUCAUGUCUGCACAUGUCAGACAUCCCAAUGGGGGACGCUGAGCAUCCCUGGAGAGGAAGGCUGUGAUGGUGAGCUAGUGUAUACUGUACUAUAUGUAUGUAUAUGUAUAUGUACUGUAUCCUAUACCAAACACCAGCAUGGGAAGCAUGUUGAUGACUAUCCCGUGUCAAAAGUGCCUCUAAUCCCUCAUUUCUGAUCACAGUUAAGAAACGUGUAAUAGUGUAAACAUGCACUGCAAAUGUGUGUUCCAUACAUGUUGAUGGCGUUCAUGACAAUCAAUAUCUGAACCAGUAUCCAUGUCUGCUCAGUCCUGCACGUUGUGUGACACAUCUGCAUAUGACAAGGCGCUCCUCCCCUCUGAAGAGUUUGUUGUGUUCAUUUUUAAUGUUUUUUUUCUUCCCAAAAGUGUAGAACGCCUUUUAAUAAUGCUUAUGAUUUGUAAAAGGAUUUAAUUUCAGAACUUUAAGAACCAAUGUUCAGGACAUUCAAAUCCAGUUCAAUGUCUGUGGAGUCUUUUAUUUUUUUGAAAGUGAAUAAUAAAUAAAAAAUGUCUGCAGAACGAAAAGCAGCAUUCGCCGAUGUUAUUUACUUUUCUUUGAGUGUGGAAGUAUAGUAGUACUGGUGCCUCCUUCACAGAGUAUUUGAACUUGUGUAUUUACUGGAGAAUGUCCUACAUGCUACAAGUCUCCUCUGAGAGAGACAGCGAGCUGC